AUGAUCAAAUUUGAAUUCUUACCGAAUAAAACGCUUUUGGAAUGUUUUGAAUAUCUGAAUGGGAUAGAUAUAUAUUAUGCAUUUAGUGGAUUAAACAAUCGUUUUAAUCAUUUAAUUCGAAAUAUUUCAUUACAUGCUAAUUUUCAAAAUGUUAAAAGUGAAGUAUUUAAUCAAUUCUGUACUCAAAUGUUACUAAAUCCGUCUAUUAAAAAUCAAAUAGUUUCAUUACAUUUAUCAGAUGCAAAAGGUACACGCGGACAAGUACAAGGAUUUUUAUCAAUGUUUCAAUUAAACGAAUUUUCUCAUUGA